CACUUGACUCAUCGUAUUCGAAAAGAAGAUGACUUAACGGAAAUUGACAUUUUGUUAAACGUCAAAUUUUUCUUUUUAGCCGUCAGAGGUUACGGAUAUUCUAAACAAAAAUGACAGAGGGAACAGCGACUAUUCGUACUCGCAAAUUUAUGACCAAUAGGCUGCUAUGCAGAAAGCAAAUGGUUGUGGAUGUACUGCACCCCGGUCAGCCGUCGGUCAAAAAAACCGACAUUCGGGAAAAGUUGGCCAAAAUGUAUAAGGUGACCCCGGACGUAAUCUUUGUAUUUGGUUUCCGAACCAAUUUUGGAGGCGGUAAAUCUACCGGAUUCGCCCUCAUUUAUGACACAUUAGAUUUUGCCAAAAAAUUUGAACCCAAACACAGGUUAGCUAGGCAUGGUUUGUCUGAAAAGAAACAACAAACCCGAAAGCAGCGCAAAGAAAGGAAGAACAGGAUGAAGAAGGUUAGAGGGACAAAAAAGAGCAAAGUUGGUGCUGCUGCCAAAAAGGGAGCUAAGAAGUAAAUUAAUGAAGUAAUCCUCGAGUGCAGGCCCCAUUCUGUACAUGGCAAGAGCAUUAUGAAACCUUGGAUGCUUGUAAUAAUGUCUUUAACAUCAUUGUCAUAAGAAAUAUAUUUAAGUGUUAUAAAAUUA